AUGCAUCAACAAAUAGAUAUAGAUAUGGAUAGUCUAUUAAAAAAAUUGUGGAGCAUAGAUGAAUCAGCCAAACGUACACUUACCUUUGAUGAGCGCGUCUGUGAAGAUAUUUAUAAAACCACACAUAGUCGAGAUUCAGAUGGAAGGUAUAUUGUGAAAUUGCCCUUUAAAAUAACACCACAAGAAAUAGGAUCUACUAGAGACAUAGCACUGAAGAGAUUAGAACAAUUAGAAAGACGAUUAGAAAAUAAACCCUUAUUCUCAAUACAACAUGGUCCAUUCCGAGCCGCAUACAAUUUAAAAGAACUAGUUGAUCGAAGAUAA